AUAUUUGAAGCAGCUAAUGUAAAAGUUUCCACUGAGGAUGUUCAGCCACUUUCGUUCUAACACAAGAAGACUUCAGGAAACCAUGACGCACGCGGAGGGCUGAGCUCGUAUACACAGAGGGAGUUUGGCUGUUUGAGUCAGUUUACGCACACUCUCUCAGCACGUCUAGACGCUUCACUUUGGAGAGGAGAAACUUUAUAUUUUACGGAUUUAGAUAAAGAAAGACAAAACUGAGGAUGAAGCUGCUGCUGUUCGUCGUCAUCUCUUGCCUCGCCUUACAUAACGGAAAGGGAGCUCCCAGGACAGCUGUGUAUAAGUUUUUGAGAUGUAACCCUGAGGGCGACCAGGCCAACUGUGUGACUCAACAAAGUCCAGAAAUGGCAUGGAGUCCCGAGCUACCUGCCAAACUGCCUUCUUCAACUGCACAGUACCUAGAGGCAGAGCCUGUGGAGGAUGAAAAACCAGACAGAGAAGGGGAGGAGGAAGAUGAGGUGGAGUUGGAGGUGGAGGAUGAAACACCCAUGCUGGGUGAAGAAGGGGAGUCACCUGCGGUUUACUUCUAUGAGGAAGCGUCUGGAGCUUAUGAAGGCUCUGCAUAUGAAGGAUCCUUCAUGGCAGACAAGGCCAUUGAGUCAGGCUCUGGUGCGUCCUCAACAGACAAAUACUUUGGGCUUCAGAAAGGGGAAUCAAGGGGCAUGAGGCGGUUGUUCGGAAGCCGAUUUCUGGUUGGUGAAGCAAAACCAGAAGAGCAGGAACUGAAAGAAGACCACCUGCUGGUGUAGGCCUAACAUCCAUCUUCUCUCAGACACACACAUACACAUGGCUAGCAUCUGUUGUAGCCCCACCCUAUCUAUUCAAACAGUAAUCAAACUUGACAAAGGCCAAAAUGUAUAAAAAUACAUAUAUUUUUUUAACACUGGUGGAAAUUGAUAUUUCCGCAUUAAAUGAAUGCAUCUGAAGAAAAGAAAAAGUGUCUGCCAAAUAAAAGCCCUGUGUGAAUUCAAGAGAUAUAUACAGACUUAGUGUAAUAUAGAUGGCAACAACCUGCAAUUUGUGUCCUUUCGUGGAAAAGAUGUGUAAGUAGGACUAUGCUUUUAAAUAUAACACAUGCUUUAUUGUUAUAUCAGUGCAAUAGGAUUAGACGUUUGUUUACGCAUUGCUCAAUCUGUGCAGCUGUGGUUCAAAUACAUUUAUUUUUUUAAGUUAGGAGGCAUGUGUUCCUUUAAGACACACAAAAACAGAAAAAUAGUACUAUAUUAUUGUAAUUUGAUCCCCCUCAAAUGUUGUGACACUUAAUGCUAACCAAGUGUGGUUAUGCAACCUUUUUAAGAAGCUUCAGGUCUGAAAAUGUUGAACAAGAGACUCUUGCAAACCCAAAUCCCUCAGGACUGGAUUCGCAAUCGUAACCACUGUGAGCUGGAACAUAUUCUGAAUAUGUAUUCUGCACAUUCAUGCAUUUCAACACGUGCUGCAUUUUCUAAUCUGCAUUUGAAAUACUUCUAUCAAUAAAGAAUUUAUAAGAA